UCGGGGCUUCUCAGGUUUGUUCUUACCGAGUAGGAGUUAAGUGGAUGCUGUUGUUUUAAAUUUGUGUACGUUCAAAAAACACAAACAGUUAACAAAGAAACGUGCUACUGCAGCAGCUGCUGCUAGGGUUUUUCCUUCAUUUUUCAAUCUUCACCUCUUCGUCUUCAGCUGAAACGAUGACUCGCGUGUAUAUUGGAAAUCUCGAUUCAAGAAUUUCUGAGAGGGAUCUUGAAGAUGAUUUCCAUGUUUUUGGAGUUAUACGAAGUGUGUGGGUUGCAAGGAGGCCUCCUGGUUAUGCUUUCAUUGACUUUGAUGACCGCAGAGAUGCGCUUGAUGCUAUUCGUGAAUUAGAUGGUAAAAAUGGUUGGAGGGUAGAGCUUUCUCACAACUCUAAAACUGGAGGUGGAGGGGGAGGCAGAGGUGGUGGUGGCGGUGGUGGUGGUCGUGGUCGGUCUGGUGGGGGUGGUUCUGAUUUGAAAUGUUAUGAGUGUGGUGAACCUGGUCAUUUUGCCCGCGAGUGUAAUUCUUCUCGUGGUGGCUCUGGACGACGUCGGAGCCGCAGUCCACCUCGAUUUCGCAGGAGCCCAAGUUACGGGCGAAGGAGUUACAGUCCUCGUGAGCGGUCCCCUAGGCGGCGCAGCCCUUCUCCUCGUCGACGCAGCCCUUCACCUCGCCGGCGCAGCUAUAGCAGGUCACCACCUCCUUACCGUGGGCGUGAGGACGCAACACAUGCUAACGGAAAUGGGAUAAGGGCUGCACAUCGAAGCAGAAGUUGAUUUUUCAGAGUUGGUAAUCGUGAUCGCUCAGAAGAUAACGGGAAUUUGUUAAUCUAGUGUUUUCAACUGCAGUAUGCAUCUGUUUUGUUGGGCAAUGCCCUGAGCUUCUACCCUAACCGGUUUAGUUACUUUCUUGAUUUAAUGUCUUGUGUUUUUUUUUAUCUACACCGAAUUUUCUAGUAAUUUUGCAGGUAAAACAAUCUUUUCAACAUGAUUGCUGUUAGUUUGUUAAAAAGUGUUCCGGAUAUUGCUAAAAUAUAUGCUUUUUUCUGUGUUGAGGUGUCUUCUGGUACUGCCGCCUUGGUUUUGUGCUUCCACAUUCCCUGGAAUAUCCUCCCUGGACCCUGGCUGUCCUUCUGUGUGAUUUUGAAUGGUUGUUAUUCCAGGGUGGCCACAAGCUUUUUGUUUCA